CCCAGACCCCAGCCGGGGAGGGGACUCAGACCCCAGCGAGGUGGAAGGAGGGACAGAGGGACCCAGACCCCAGCCGGGAGCGCGGAGGACAGACGGACUCAGACCCCAGCAGCAGCGGGGGGAGGGAGAGCGCACCUUGCGCUGGGCAGAGCCCCAGACCCAGGGCUGCCCCGCCACCUCCCCGCCGGAGUCCCCUGGCCUGGCAGUGCAGCUGGCAUGUGGGCGGAGGAGCCCCUGUCUCUGGCAGGCGCCAGGGGCGGCUGCGGAGAGGCGGAGGCUGCCGGGGAGGACCGGAGCGGGAGCGGCAGCUGCUGCAGCAGCGAGCGCCUGGUGAUCAACAUCUCCGGGCUGCGCUUCGAGACCCAGCUGCGGACCCUGUCUCUCUUCCCGGACACGCUGCUGGGGGACCCGAGCCGCCGGAUGCGCUUCUUCGACCCGCUGCGCAACGAGUACUUCUUCGAUCGGAACCGGCCCAGCUUCGACGCCAUCCUCUAUUACUACCAGUCCGGGGGCCGGCUCCGCAGGCCAGUCCAUGUGCCCCUGGACAUCUUCAUGGAGGAGAUCCGUUUCUACCAGCUGGGGGAGGAGGCCAUCGAGACCUUCCGGGAGGACGAGGGCUUCAUCCAGGAGGAGGAGAAGCCCCUGCCUCAACAGCACUUCCAGCGCCAGGUGUGGCUCCUUUUCGAGUACCCUGAGAGCUCUGGGCCAGCCCGGGGCAUCGCCAUCGUCUCGGUGCUGGUGAUUCUCAUCUCCAUAGUCAUCUUCUGCCUGGAAACCCUGCCCGAGUUCCGCCAGGAGAGCAAGGGCGCUCCGCCGGGCCUUGCGGAGGGCGCGCACCAGGACAACCAGAUGUUCUUGCUCCCUGAGCAGCCAAAUGACACCCCAUCUCCGAUGCACCCCUCUCCUAGGGCAAGCCCUUUCUUCACAGACCCCUUCUUCCUCAUCGAGACCCUGUGCAUCAUCUGGUUCUCCUUCGAGCUGCUGGUGCGCUUCUUCGCCUGCCCCAGCAAGCCCGAGUUCUCCAGGAACAUCAUGAACAUUAUAGACAUCGUGGCCAUCAUCCCCUACUUCAUCACCCUGGGCACCGAGCUGGCUCAAGAGCAACAGAAAAAACAGCAGCCUAGGACUGCCAUUAACAACAACGGGGGCCAGCAGCAAGCCAUGUCCCUGGCCAUCCUCAGGGUCAUCCGCCUGGUCAGGGUCUUCAGGAUCUUCAAGCUCUCCAGACACUCCAAGGGGCUGCAGAUCCUGGGGAAAACUCUCCAGGCUAGCAUGAGAGAGCUUGGACUCCUCAUCUUUUUUCUUUUCAUCGGUGUGAUCCUCUUCUCUAGUGCCGUGUAUUUUGCUGAGACAGAUGACCCAGAAUCUUUGUUCACCAGUAUCCCUGAUGCUUUCUGGUGGGCAGUAGUGACCAUGACCACUGUGGGCUAUGGGGACAUGUACCCUAUGACAAUCGGGGGCAAGAUUGUGGGCUCCUUGUGUGCCAUCGCUGGCGUGCUGACCAUAGCCCUGCCUGUACCUGUUAUUGUGUCCAACUUUAACUAUUUCUACCACCGAGAAACUGAGCAGGAGGAGCAGUGCCAGUACACCCAUGUCACCUGUGGCCAGCAGCAAUCUCCUUUCUCGGAGCCUAAAAAGGGGGACAGUAAUCAGUCCCUCAGUAAAUCAGAAUUUCUGGAGACAGAAGAUUUAGAAUCUAUGAAAUAUCCCAACUUCAUUCCAACCAGCAACCAGGACUACAGAGGGAAGAAAAUGCUGACAGAAGUGUGAUCAGCUUCUCUAACAAGGUGUGGAACAAGACUGAACUUUUACAGUCCUACUACCCUCACCCCAUUUUCCUGGAUCCCAAAUGCAUAGCCACAAGCUGCUUCACAUUCUCUCUCCCACUAGCAGCGGCAUAUGUUCAAGACAAAACACCAGACUGCGCAUUGUGAUGCUGAAAACAAAUUGCUUGUGAUUUGGACACUCCUGUCCUUGGUUGCUAUGUCUCAUUAGCUUGUGCAAUUGGACAUUCUUUUGCCUUACUCUAUAGAUCAAAGGUGCCCUCUUGUUGUCCCCUUCCCCUUCCAUUUUAUUUUUGACGUGGGGCGGAGCUUUAUUCCGGUUGUAACGUUGAAGACUAAUUUUUCUACUACAUCGACAAAAGAAAAGCCCAGGCCACAUUUGUUGCUAAAAGAUCAGGCAGAGAAUAGGUCACAUGGGCUAUUAACAUCAGUCUCAAGCUGUGCUGGUGAAUUUCUGUGCUGGUGCAGUGACCUUGGUUGUGGGAUCAGUCAUGCCUGCCAUGCCGUUGCCUUGGGAGAAUGGAAAUGUUGGAUCCAGUGUUGCAUUGUGUUCUGCAGAUGUAGGGAAAGUCAACGAGUGGCCUUCCUGUGACACUUUUCCUUGGGUUUGCACUGCAAUGUGCAUCUAAGGGCCUGUUUGUUAUUAGAUUUUCAGAUCUAAAAGCACUUUAAUUUUUAACUUGUUGCCAUGGUAGAAGUUGUGACCAACAUUCUCCAUGUGUGGUAUAGCAGAAACAGUUGUUUUUUAAAUUUAUAGUAAUUAUUUUCUUAUUCUUUGUGUUUGAACAAGUUUCACCUUUGUUUCCAUCAGUGCCCUAUUGUUAAUUAGCAUUUAUCAUAGCAACACCAUCUUUGUGCCUGAAGUGUCUUCCUAUGCAAAGCACAUUUGGGCUAAUUCCUUUGUCUUCUGACAUGUACCACAUAAGUGUUUUUAUGUAAUGUACUUUAUGCUACAAGUAUCCGGUUCUGUACUUAGAACCAUGGGAGCAGUUGACUUCAUUGAGGUGUGCAGUUCUGAAUUUAAGGGCUUGUAUAGAUUAGGGAAAUUUGCAAUGGUGUAUUUACACUGCUGCAGAUCCCUGCUGUAGACACACUGCAUCAGUGCAAAAUGGGGUUUACAUUAGUAUGACAAACCCACCGGGGUCAAUCACACCAGUAUAGUUGUGUCAUUUAGGGGGAUGCAUUGCUACCAGUGCAAGUUUCCCUAAUCUGUCUAGAUAAACCCUAAAGGCAUAACUGGGAUCUUUUGAAUGAGGAAAAAAGACCUAAAGGCCUAAUCUUGGAAAGAUGCUGCUGUCUUAACAAGAAAUACCCAUAAUGUAAGUUUAGAUGGAAGACGCACCAAGAUUGUUCACAUAGUCCAGCAACAUGAGAUCAACAUUUGUCAGCAGUGCAAAAGGCACACUCUGGUCUGAAGCAUUAUGCUUAUCAGUGAGCACAUUUUACAACUCAAGGUGCAUCUAUUGUAUCCCAGAUCAUCUCACUAUUUAAAAGAACUCUGCUUGUUUUCUGAUUUAAAAUAAUUGCUGAACACCCUUCCUUUUUGGAGAGAAAGUGGAGAGGAAGGGGAAAUUGAUGCUUACAGAAUCCACACAUAAGGAAAUGUCUUUUAAAAUUAACUGUAUAUUUUGCAUGUAUGUGUGUGCAUUAGAGAGUGAGAGAGAGGCAGCCAUUAAUGCAUUGUGCUAUAUUAUAUAUGUAUUACCUGUUUUACAUAUUGCAUAUAACGUGUGUAAUACAUAGAACAUUGUACAUAAUAUAUAUACAUUUCCUGCAUAUUAUGUGUACUAUGUGCUGCAGCCAUAAAGCAGGGA